CGGUGUUCCGUGAGUUUGGCCGCGCACGUGUGAUUGUGAGCCGCUUUGCUGUUUAUAAUAGUGUUUUUUGUUCGUCUCUUACUGGUUUAAUUUGAGGGACGUUUUGUCCUCUUCAUAACCUCACCUUUGACUGUGAGAGUGAAUCUUCAUCAUGUUCCUGCAGUUUUAUCUGAAUGAGAAUGGCGACAGGGUUUACACUCUGAAGAAAGUGGACCCAUCCGGUCAGCCCAGCAGCUCGGCGCACCCGGCCCGCUUCUCUCCGGACGAUAAGUUCUCCAGACACCGAGUGACUAUCAAGAAACGCUUCGGGCUUCUGCUAACACAACAACCACGACCUGUGCUGUGAACGGAGCAGUGGACUUUUACACACAUUGUAUUCAUAUAUUAGUGUUUAUUUUUUAAUUCCUGAAAGUAUGGCUUGAUUUUCUUUGUACAUUUUGUGUUUAUGCUGUUAGUACAAUAAACAUGUAAACAUUUGGAAUAUAAUGCCUUAAUUGUAUGCUAUCUACACCUUCCAUUUGUAAAACAUUGCUAACAGGGAACAGACCUGUUUUCUUUUUUUAAAUCUUAAAAGUAUGGAAUACAUUUUCAAAAAGGGUACAUUUUAGUACCAUAGAAGUAAUUUCAGUGGGAUAAAAUGUAUACAUUCUGGCUAACGCUGUUCAGAAUUUAUGCUAACUCGUUAAAACAAUCUUAACAAGGAAAAUAAAAUAAGAAUACUAAAAA